AUGGCCGACCAGGGCACCAACAAUAUCCUGUUCAUCCGGGACGUAAACCGGCUGUUCUACGACGUCGCGAUGGACCAUCGGUUCGAGAGGCUGGAUCUCCGGGAUCUGAACGCAGGCGGCGCAUUUGAGCUCCAGCGCAUCCGAGAUCCGUGGCUGACGAAGCGACUGAAAUGGAUAUCCCUCUCAACGUGGACUCUUGCGCAGAUACUCACGGAGGAGUGCUAUCGCUCGGAAACACUCAGGAACGCGGCUAAAACGAACGUGCGCGCUCGCCGCUGGUUUGUGAGGGACUGGCGGUCCUCAUAUUACUAUCCCGAUGUAGGUCUAAUCGUGCUCGAUCUGUGGUCUGGAGAUGUCGGAAAGCACGACGACUAG